AUGUCGACCGAUCCCGAUCACCGUGAGUAUCUCUUCUUCUUCGCCGUCUUUGAUUCUAAUACCUUUCUAGCAUACCCUCUCAUCCCUCUGCCCCCGAAUGCUCCCUUCGUGCUGAAGGAGGCGACGGAUGGCAAGGGCUGGGGAGCCUAUGCCACGAGGCCCAUCAAGAAGGGAGGAUUGAUCAUGGUCGAACUGCCCUUGUUUGUGAUUAACAAGUUUGAGGAACUCAAUGAAGACGCUCUCAGGAUGAUCUUCUUCCAUCUAUCGCCUCGUCAGAAGGAAAUGGCUGGAAUGGCCCGUGACAAUGGCGGCCUUUUCUUCACCUCGUUCUCGGCUUGGCUUAUUCAGAACUCGUUCAACGUCGACAACAAAGGUCUUGGUUUCUACCUCGUCCAGUCGCGGUUCAAUCACUCGUGCCAGCCCAACUCGGCUGUCCCGCACACUGACCUCAAGAACGAUGCUUUCCUGAAGAGAACAGCCCUCAUGGAUAUCGAGGCUGGCGAGGAGAUCACCUUUUGCUACCAACCCAAUCUCGUCAGCAAGACCAGACUCGAGCGUCAUGACCAGCUGUGGUUCGAGUGCCGCUGCGAGUGUUGCACGCUUGGCCCUGCCGCUUCACAGCUGAGCGACAUGCGUCGAACCUUCAUGAAGGCACUUGACUACCUUGCCUUCGGUGCCCUUCGGAAUGGUAAGAUCGACACCUCUCAGCGUCCUCUCAUCUGCGAUCCCGUCUUGAAGAAAACAGCCGAGAACAAGACUCUCCCCAUCACAAGCCAGUUCGUCUACAACAUUCUGCACAUGGCCAUUGCCGAGCACGAGAAGGUCGCUGCCGUCGUGAUUCGCAACCUCAGCCCCAACAUUCAUGGUCUGGCGAACUGCUUGAAGUCGGAGCGCAACGUCAGAAUUGCCAAUCAUGCCUUGAAGCAGGAUACCUGGUUGAAGAAGCUGGAUGUUGCCUUGCUCACCUUCGGAGAGCCGGACGAGUCUGACAACAUGGUCAACGAGGAGGUUUGCAACAUUCGGGUGGCUCGGAUGGCUGAGUACCUGAAGAAUGUAACCUCUUAA